AAGAGCAAGUGCCCACCGGGCCUCCGGUCUGGCAAGUGGACACCCGAGGAAGAAAAGUUCACCAACACCAUGAUCCACUACUUCAGGCUCGGGCUCCUCGACAUCGAAGACGGCACGUCACUGCGGUGGUUCCUUAGCAAGAAGCUCAACUGCGAAGCGAUGCGCGUGACCAAAAAGCUUAAAGGCAACAGCUCGAUCGGGAAGCAGAUCUUCCGAGCGGUCGACUGCCCAAGUGUCACGGAAGAAGCCGUGCGCGAGGCCACCGAGACACUCCGUGUGCUCGAAGAAGAGUUCUUCUCAUCACUCGCGUACAAGCCGCCGCCAAAUACUGCGGCCAAGGACGUCGCGCCGCCACCCGCGAACGGCAAGCGACCAAAGCGUGCCAAGCCCGCCCCGGCCCUCACACCCGAGCCACCUUUGCCGCUUGUCGAGGACGACGGGCCAAGCGAGCCGGCCAACCCGGAGGCCGAGCUCCUUUUGCAUUUUUGCCUCUCGGCGCACCGCGGAGAGAAGCGGUCCGCAGACGACGCCGGCUUGGACGAAGACGACGGCGAUGAGGACGGCGACGAGUCGUGAGUAGGAUCAGAUAGCGUAAAUAACACCCACCAAACAUCACACAAAAUGUGUCAGAG